GUCUGAAGAGGUUCGAGAAGGCGUACUUUUCCUCAGGACGUGUGAACAGCAGCUAGCGCGAAGAGAUUAACAGAUUGACACUCAUUUGCAUUCUUCCUUUUCUGAACAAACCAUCACAUCAUCUACAAGCUUUCGAUCGUCGAUAUGGUCAUCUCGGGUGAUGCUUCGCCAGAAGUAUUGGCGGAUGACUCAAGCUGGCUAGAUACCUUACCGGAUCAUCCAAUCUUCACAGCUCCCACCAAUCACUCUGCAAAAGGGAAGACGCAAGAUGAUUUCUUGGCUGAGCGUACAUGCAUGGCAAUACGCAAUGUAGACGUCCUGGUAUCGCACGGUAGAGAAUUGCGAAUGGCAAGCUUAUUAGAUUCCAAAUACAGAUCAUCCAAUGGCACCUCUUCUUCAACACACUUGAACCAGUCAUCAUAUAAACACCUGAUUUCACCUGCCUUGGACUUUGAUAUCGAACGUCUAAUUAUCAACCCUACAGGCAAACUUCUCGCUGCUGUUGGCUCGCAUAAGGUCGCAGUUGUAUUCUUGCCACGACCGGGUGGCCUAAGCAAAGGGGCGUCGGUCAGGGAAACCACAAGUGCACCAUCUCAGCCGACUGGCUUACGGGUCAAAGCAGCAAUCGUAGGCUCGUUUUAUCAUCAUGAUCGAAUCGGUGGAAAGAUGCGUUUAGCGGACGUACGAUGGCAUCCAUGGGGUGAAAUGGGAAGUUCUCUAAUGAUCAUGACGAAAGACGGUAUAUUACGAGAGUAUAACGUCUCUCUAGAUGUGGAAGAGCCAGCUCAAACAGUCUCUCUACUUCCUGGACAAGCAAACUUGAAUGAUCAUUUUCUUUCAAAAUUCAAACGUAUGAGCUCACGUUCACGAUCACAAACUCCUGCCGCUGCUGCUGCUCUAGCGCGAUCGAGGCGUAGCACUUCACGACUAGCUUUCGAUGAUGAUGGGUCUGCAUCUGAUAAUGGUCAAUUAGAUGACGACCUUGCAGAUGAAAGCUUUCAUACAGCGUCUGGCUCCAUUCGUACUGUGGGAGGACAGGGAAGAACAGCCGUAGCAUUCACUCUUGGAAUUGAUAUGCGAAAUCUAUCUGAUGCGAAUGGUAUGGACACUUUAUUCUUGGAUCAAGAAACCGGCAUCAGUCCUGAUUGGACUCCACUUACCAUCUUUACACUCUGCACGAACGGCGACAUUUAUGCUCUUUGCCCAUUUAUGCCAAAGAAUGCAUCCAUACCAUCCUCUUACUUGCAUUCGCUGUCUUCUUAUGUGAAGCUAUCAAGACCAGAUUCCGUCUUUUCCGGAUCGGGAGAUGAAGGCGAUCUACAAAUUCGUUUCGUGACCUCGCUUUUGAAACAGGCCAGCUCUCAACAUCAAUCUCACCAAUUCAGCGCCUCACCUCAAAGGGCAAGAUCAGCUACACCAAUGAAUCUUGACACCUCGAGAGCUGGAACGGUGGAGCCGGAAGACUCCACAGGAGAUUUAGGGCUGGUCAGUGUACAAGCACCAAGUUCAAUGGUCAUUCCAGCUCAGCCUCAACCACAAGGACCAUUCUUGCUGGCGCCUGCACCGCAUGAACUAAGCGAAGAGAGGGAAUCGCGAGGCGCAGAUCUCUUCUAUACCCGGAUUGCGAGUAAAGGCGAAGGAGUUGGUAUUAUAGGUAUCGCUUCCGAUGAUGGCCGGAUCGAUCUAUGCCUCUCAAUCGAAUCAAUUUUGCCGAAAUGGGCAAGCUCUAAGAAAAACUCGAAGAGCAAUCGCAAAUCCGCGCCAGUCAAGUCUGGACGUUAUGCACUUUCAGAUUCAGAUUCAGAUGAAACCAACUCAGAUGAGGGGGAGGGAAACGCGGAACGACUGCCAAUGUUAUUUGUCUAUGAAUCGAUCGACUUGGGAAUCUUGAGCGCUUUGAAAGACGUGCAAGAUUUCGAACAUGCUUUGCGCUCCAAUCCUGUUCGAUUCGUUUUGGAUCCUCUGUACUCCGACUUUAUCUACGUUCAUCACCUUACUGGCGCACAUGUCAUCGGUAUAAGCCGGUGGAGCAAUCAAAUCGCGCAGGCACUGAAUUCGGACAGCAGUACCACCGAUGUGGCUUCUUCGCUUGAGCGACUUUUGCAUCACAAGAUUCCGUCAGACGUUGCAUGUAUUGUGAAUACUGUUCCUACUGCAGGUAUAUUGUCUUACGAAGCGGCACUCAAUCCGAUUUGCAGUGUUUGCAUCGUUAGCGAUAUUUACCUUUGCUAUUCCUUUUUGGCAUUGGCACAUUCUGGAAAAUUGGUUGCUCGUGAGUCGAAUCUUCGGGUUGAAGAUACUUUCCAAGACGCCGAAGAGGGCUUUGGCGGGGACGUUUCAAGAGCUUUUGGCAAUGACUUGAAACUGGAAGAUCUUUCUCAGGAGCAAUCCAAGAAAUACUUCACAUCACUUUUGGGAGAAGAUCCUUUUACGAUUCCAGAACCAUUUACAUCGCUUCGUAAUUUACCCGUCCAACCUCGCUUUGCACUGGGUGACAGCAUGAAAGGGGAAAAGGGCAAAAGUGAGGUUCGCGUUUCGCCAGAGAGUUUACGUACACUCGCAACUACCGUUCAAUCAUUACGAGGACAAAUGAGAGAAAUUGUAAAGGGCGGUAAUAUCGUUCAAUCGAGACUGGAGCUUCAAUUAGAGGAAUUGAAAAGGCAAUUGAACAAGCUAGAUGUUGUAGCAAAGUGGAUUGAAAAGAGAAAGGGAGAGAAACAAAACGGCGGUAAAUCAACAACGAUCGAAGAUCGAAUGCAACGUAUCCUUGAGCGUCAAACAUCUCUAGAGCGCAAAAGCGAUCGACUUUUACAAAAAUUGAUGGAAAGUCAUUCUCCUGGAUUGAGCGUGUAUGAGCAACGUUGGUUGAGCGAGAUGACCAAAAUGAAAAAAGAGCUUGGUGAAAAGAUCAAGACAAGUUCAAAAGAUGCAGAUGAUGAUGACGAUGAAGGAUCGACAGAUCUAAGUGCACAUAUUCAAGCUUUGAGACAUAAGUUGGAUACUCUCAAGCCUGAUCUUGAGCAUUCAUCCGCUUCACUUCGACAUCAAUUCGAGCUGGCAUCAUCUAGAUCGUUUGGCGUCAAUCAAUUACAAGAAAUUGAAGUGAAGAUAGCACGAGAGCAAGAAUUAUUGACAGUCAGCAAAGACAAGAUCUCCAACCUCAACGCACUUGUUCAACGUCAAAUCCGGGCAAAUUCCCGAGCGAUUGUAUAAUAUCACACUUUUAUCAAAUCAAUGAUGAGAUCAAUGAAAUCUUAUUCCAGACAUUUUGAGAAAAUUCGGACGAUAAAAAUAAAAACGAAACUAUGAGAUGAGAGAGGAAGAAUAAAAUGAUGUAAUGA